UUUCAACUUUCCAGUGGGCUAGUAAUGAACCCAACGAUUUCCUGGAUCGAGAAGAUUGCAUUGAACUCUCAAAUUCUACCGACCUCAGAUGGAAUGACGAAAACUGUGACAACAAAAGACCUUCGCUCUGCCAGUUUGGUUUGCCAAUGUGUGGGGAUCCUGGGGAGCCGCUCCACGGAUCCAGGUCGCCAUCGGAUACCACCUCAUUCCUAGACGGAGCUACAUUGGACUACGAGUGUGACCCUGGUUACGAGGUAAAGGGUGGCAUCUUAGCUACGUGCAUGCUCAAUGGCAGAUGGGAUUCAGAAAGACCGGUGUGUGAAGUCGUUACUUGCCCAAAUUCGACUAUCGAUGUGCAAAACGUUGCGAACGUGACGAUAUCAUCCUACACGUAUCGAGGUGUAGCUGUCUAUACUUGCUCCACGGGUUACGUGCCCGAUGCCUCUCCGGUCAGUUACUGCCAGGCAGAUGGAACAUGGAGUAAUCCGAACUUUACCUGCACUUUUGUGAUGGCAGUACCAACUCAGCCCACAACCGAUUCCUUGACAACUUCUCUUAAAACCGACGAGGCUUCGCCGACUCUCGCUGAUUAUACUACUUCACCCUCGAAUGAUAUGACGUCACAAAUUUCAGAUUCAACAAAAGGCUCCUCAACUAUUGGUGCUUCUACCACUUACACUUCAGAAGAUCCCAAGACUGAUUCGCCGACCACGUCUUCUGAGACUGACAAGAUGUCUUCACUUCCUGACUCCUCUACUGCACCUACCACAAAGGAUUAUCCAGCUUCAUCUCCAAAAACUGACAAGAUGUCUUCAACUCCAGAAUCCUCUACUGCACCUACUGAAAAGGGGGAAAUCACCACCGAACCAUCGAAUGGGGACCCGCAGCCAAAUAUCGGUGCAAUUGUUGGAGGUGUUUCAGCAGCAGUCAUCGCCAUCAUCCUGCUGAUAUUGGCCGUUGCGUUAACCAAGAAAAGGAAAUCAAAUCGUGCGAAAGCUAGCGGGGCUCUUAUCCUGAGCGGCGAACCAGACAUGAAGGCGGAGAAAAACACUUACUACAUGAGCGAGCUUGAGUCUCCUGGGAUAGUAGAGGAAGUAGACUAUGCUGGCAUUAGAGAAGAUGCAACAGGAAGUGGACAAAUAAAUGGACACUAUGUCUCACAUGAGCAACCCGAAAGUGCUUCAUCAGGGUCAAUUCCAAACUAUGCGCAGGUCAAGAAAACUGAAAUGGUGGAAAACGAGUUGUACGGACAAAACUGGCGAUAGUGACGGGUGCUCCAGACGGAAGGCGUGUGUGUGUGUGUAUUUUAAUUUCGUCAGACGUGUAUCAGUCAGAUAUGAUUAUUUACGUCUGGGACCGACCUUUAACGUCACCAUUCGAAAGACGUGACCAGGGCCCGAACCUUGAACCUCCACAUCAAUUUUUAACUUCCCCACAUAGAUUGGAUUACAGGCGCACGCCCCAAUGCCCGGGCGGAAGGCAUCUUACAAGGACUUUUAAAACUUAUCUACCUUUCCGACUGAUAUGAGUAACGCCCUCUACGAUGGUAUGGUUGAUCAUGAACGAUAUUUCCCUGCCACUCGCUGAAGAAACAAAGUUUUUUAGGUAUAUAUGCACGUAAAAUAUGCUUUCCAGAAAGGAGAGUUUCCUUAGCAUGAAUAAAUAUGGCAGUAUACGCCAAUAUUAUUAUAUCUUUGACGCAUUUAAACUAUAUAUUUGUUUCCAAAUAAAAAAUACGUGCC